AUGCAAGUAAUUUCCGCCACCCAAGGCAGUUCAGUGGCUGCCGGUGGAUGCCUGUAUGCCCUCGUGCCCUCGGAACUCACCAUAAAUUACCCAGCUGAACUUCGUAUGGAGAGACGGCAGGGCACGCAACUGCCACGACCCCUUGAAACCCCCUUCACCUCUCCAUCACAUCUUCUUCCUCUCUUUCCCACCUCCAACCUCACCUCUAUCAGUUCUCUCACUGACACCGGUCCUUGGAGGUUGGUGCUGAUUAUCCCUUAUUCCAGGGAUGGUCAGCUAUGUUGGCGUCUACAGUCUCUUGUUGAACUCUCACACACCUUGCGAGCUCUCUACGACCCUCCCUCCUGUCACCAUAUCCGACUGCUUGAAACCAGUGCGACAUGGUCCGAUGCCACCAGAAGCCCUCAAAUCCCUUCCGACCCUGUCAGUUAA